UGAAAUUGUUACUGACAGUUAUUCGGAGGACUUUGUUGUGAACAGUGAGAUAAGCAUUCACGGAUAUAUUUUGUUCACGCGAAUAUAGUUGAAUAUUUAUUGUUUUAUUUUAUUUAACACAUGGACCAAGAAGAAAGGCAAAAGAAACUGGAGGCCGGAAGAGCCAAGCUCGCUCACUUUAGACAGCGAAAGGCAAAAGGCGACGGCGCGAAUCCGCAGAAAAAGACGCCGAAGAGGAAGAGCGCGGCUGUCCACGCGAAUGACCUCCCGACGCAAGAGCGCCCACUAGCGGCCAAGGCGUGCCCGCUGGACAGUGCGCCAAAAAGAAGCAAUGGAACGCUUGCAGAGGAGGCGCCGAGGCCUGCUGUGGACUCCGCGCAGACGGAGCCCGAGCACGAGGCCGCUCCGGGAGACGAGGCGGCCGUGGGCGUCCGUGAGGAAGAGGAGGAACCGAGGGGUGCGCUCGUCAGGAACAGUGAGAAAGAUCAGCGGCAGCUGCAAAUAGCACUUGAGGAGCGCAACAAGAUAAUAUCUCAGCUCACCGCCAACCUCCAGGUGGCGCUAGGGAGCCGGGACCAGGUUCAGGUGGAGGUUAUGGAACUCACCAACCAAAUCCAGGCCCUGCAGCAGCAGCUCCAGCAGGCGAGCGAAUUCCUGCGGGCGCGCAGCCAGAGCAGCGCGGAGCUGUCCCAGGCCCAGCAGCAGAUCUCCCUGUUCCAGCGCAGCCUCCAGGACCAGAGCGCCCAGCUGGGCCGGCUGCAGGAGGAGCUGCAGGAGAGCCAGCAGCUCACGAGAGAGCAGCAGUGCCUCCUCACGCUGAAGGAAACGGAGACGACGGGCCUGCUGGAGAAGCUGAGCACCACAGAGUCACGGCUGCACGAGGCGCUGUCGCUUCGGGACCAGGAGCCAGCGGCUCCGCGAAACGGCGACCGCGGCGCAGAGACUCACGCGCAGGACGCCGGGGACGGCGCCGAUGCCCUGACGGAGCGGCUCCGGGCGGAGCUGCAGGCGGAGAGGGGGCGCAGCCGCGGCCUGGAGCGGCUCGUCCGCGACUUCGAGGAGGAGCGGCGGGCGCUCGAGGAGCAGCUGGCCGAAGUCCGAGAGGAGCUGAGCAUGGAGGCCCGGCAGGUGGGCGAGGAGGAGGAGGAGCUGAGGCGAGAGCUGGCCCGGCUGAACGAGCUGGUCCGCGGGGCCCAGGAGCGGCUGCAGGAGGAGGAGGCGGCCGGCCGCCGCCUGAGGGCCAAGCACGAGGCGGACAUCUCCAACUACGAGCUGCGCCUGCGGUCCCUGGCCGAGGAGAAGGGCGGCGACCGCGAGGCCGAGCUGCAGAGCCUGAGGGACGAGGUCCGGUGGCUCCGGGAGCACCACGGAGACCGCAGCUACCAGAGCGGCUCGGAGGACCCGGGGGAGAGCCCCGGAGGAGCCAAGGCUCAGAAGGAGCACGUGAACCAGGAGACCGCCGGCGAGAGCAGGGAGGAGCCCGGCCUGGACCUCUCCUUCCCCAGCGACCCCGACCACCUGAUGGAGAAAUACCUGGCCUCCGUCGCCCCCAGGGACAGCACCUGGGGCGAGGACAGCCUGGAACACAGCCUUCUGGAGAAUUCCGGGAAUUACAGGUUCGAGGUGGACGGUCCGGUAGAACUCGAAAGACCAAAGUCUGCACGCCUAGUCCAAGAUGACAACGAGGCAGCCGGUCAGUUCACGGAUAUGUCAUUGCCUUGCGGCCAAGGCUACGAAGCGGCUGAGCCUAAUGAAGAGUCACAGAUCUCAGAUCAGUGGCAAGCCCACUUCUCUGCCUCUCUGGGCCCAGACGAAGGUGGCGACUCGCUGAUCUCGGGUCAGGGGCCGACCCGCUCCUCUGCCUCGCCCGGCAUGGACGGGGACUCUGAGGUCGUGGACUUGGGCAAGGCUCUGCUGGUGGAGCAGUGCAGGGAUCUGAGCGCCCAGCUGGAGGAGAGAGACCGGCAGGUGGAGGCGCUCGAGGGCCGGCUCCGCGGCGAGGCGGAGGAGGCGCAGGGAGCGUCGGAGAGGUGGAGCAAGGCGGCGAAGGAGCUGGAGUCCGCGCGCUGGGAGCUGGAGGCGGAGCGCGAGCAGAGGCAGCGCUGGGAGGAGGCGGUCGGCCUCAAGGCCUCCGAAGCGGACGAGCUGAGGAACGAGCUCGGCCUCCUCCGGAGCCGGCCGGAGCGUCCGGACCAGACCGGCCAGCCCCCGGGCGCCCGGACCGCCGACCCUCUGCUCCUGGCCACCGGCGACCUGAUCGGCGACCUGAGGGAGGAGAAGGAGCUGCUCCUGGCCCAGCUGAGGGAGCAGGAGCGGCUGGUGCGCGACGUCCAGGAGCGCAAGCUGGCCGGGGACUCGGUCACCAGCGAGGUCCAGGCCCUCUUCGGCCGCCAGCUCUCCGCCCUGCAGGCGCACCGGGACGGCCUGCAGGCCCAGCUGGACUCCCAGAAGGCCAGGGGCCAGGCCGCGUCCGAGCAGCUGGGGCGGAAGGCCCAGGAGCUGGAGUCGGCCCUCGGGGAGCUCCGGACGCUCCGGGAGGAGCUGGAGGAGAGGGAGGGGCGCCUGCGGGAGGCCGGCGAGGAGGAGGCGGUCCUGCGGUCCGGGCUGAGCCGCCUGGAGCAGAGCCUGGCCGACGCGGAGGAGGCCCUGAGCCAGGGAGCGGAGGAGAAGGCCGCGCUGAGGGAGCGUCUGGGAGAGGAGGAGACCCGAGCGAAGAACGCGGAGAACACGCUGCAGACGGAGCGGGAGGAGUUCCUCAGCCAGCUGCGUGCCCUGAAGGAGAAGGAGAGCGCCCUGGAGGCGGAGCUGGAGAGCGUCAGGAAAACCCUCGCAGAGCAGGGCCGGGAGCAGGACGAGGCCGUGGAGGCUGCCAUGGCCCAGCUGAGACUGGCUCACCAAGAAGAGCUGUGCAGACUGCAGGGACAACACCAAGAGGAGGUGCGCGCUCUUAAUUUGGAGAUGGAGAGGGCUCUGGCAGACCAGAAGGCCAGACUGGAGGAAGAGCAGAAGACGCAGAUUGCCCUGAUCAAGCAGGUGCACGAGCGAGAGCACCAGCGCGAGAUGGCGGAGCUGGCCAGCAGACACAAGGACGCCAUGGAGGCGGCACGCCAGGAGCACCUGCUCCAAGCACAGGCUCAGCAGACCCUGGAGCUGGAGGCCCUGCGCCUGAGCCUGACCAACCUGCACACGGCGCAGCUGGAGCUGAGCCAGAGCAACCUGCAGCGCGACAAGGAGGCGGCCCUCAGCGAGCUGCAGGCCAGCCUGAGGGACAAGUGGGCCCAGGAGAGCGCCAUGCUGCAGACCCGCCAGCUCUUUGAGCUGGAGAAGACCAGGGAGCAGUGCCGCCUGGAGAACCAGCGCGAGCUGGAUGAACUGAAGCGGACAUGGGAAUCGCAGAUCUCCGAGGACCGUUCCAAGAUGGAAGCCCUGGAGGCAGAUAAAAUCAAGGCUCUCAAACAGGACUGGGAGCGGGAGGCAGAGAAGGCCCGGGCUGAGGUCCAGGCCACUCUGGCAGAGACCCUGCAGGCCCUGUCUGACACCAGGGGGCAGCUGGGACAGCUGGAACAGCUGCAGGCCUCCAAGGACCAGGAUUUCAGGUCCCUGGAGGAGGAGCUGAGGCAGGCCUGGUCUGAUCGAGAUGCGGCCGCCAGAGCUGUGGAGGAACUGGUCUCCAGCCAUAACGUGGUCCUGCAGGAGCAGCGGGACCGUGCCCAGCACCUCGAGGGCCUGGGCGCGGCCGGCACUGAGCGGGAGGAGCAGCUGCAGCAGCAGUUGGAGAAGCUGCAGGCGGAGCACACCGCAGUGAAGCAGAGCUCUGAGCAUCUGUGGACCCAGCUGGAGUGCAUGAGGGCCAGCCGACAAGAGCUGGGGGAGCUGAGGGAGCAGCUGCUGGCCCGCUCGUCCCGCGUGGAGGACAUGGAGCGCCUGAAGCAGGAGUUCGCCCAGCAGCGCCGCGACAUCCAGGAGCACAACGAGGCGGAGCUGGAGGGCCUGCGCGCCUACUUCGAGCAGCGCCUGCGGGCCGCCGAGGAGGGCUACCGCCAGGAGAUCGCCCUGCUGCAGCUGCGCCUGGUGGAGGCCGACCUGGAGGACUCGGUGCUCAAGACCGGGGACGACAGCUACCUUUCUGAAGGGAAACCAGCUGAGGAGAAGAAUGACCUCAUUGCCGAGAUCACCCUUAAACUGGAAAAGCACAAGGAGGAAGUGGACGCCCUGCGGGUGGACCUGGAGGGCAGGCACCGGCAGGAGCUGGAGCACCUGAGGGCCAGCCUGAGCCUGGCCUACAGGGAGGAGCUGCUGCAGGCCAAGACCGACCUGACCGACCGCUACUUCUCCCAGAUCCAGGACCUGAAGAGUCGCCACUCCCUGGAGCUGGAGCAGCAGCGGGCCAGGCUCUCCAGCAGCCACAUCAAAGAGCUCACCAAGCUGCGCGGUCAGAGCGCUGAGGAGGCGCCGUCGAGCACGGAGAAGGAGCCGGAGGCGAAGGCGGAGGAGGAGAAGGAGGCGCGAGCCCGGCUGGAUAUGCGCAUCCGGGAGCUGGAGGCGCUGGCGGAGGAGCACGCGGCGGAGCUGAGGCGGGUCCGGGAGGAGCACGGUGACCUCCUCUCACAAGCGCAGGAGAAGCUGAGGCAGGACUGCGAGGAGGAGCUGUGCACGGCGGUAGAGGAGGCGCGGAGAGAGGAGCGGGAGCGGGCGGCUCUAGAGCUGACCCGGCAGCGGGAGGAGGCCGCGGCGGCUCUGACGGAGGAGAGGCGGGGCCUGAGCCUGCAGCUGGAGGCCGAGCGGGAGCGACUGCGCGCCCUGCAGCACGGCCUGGAGACCGAGCACGACCCUCAGCUCGCCGCGGCCCGGCAGGAGAUCCACAGUGCGGCUGAGGAGGCGAAGGAGCUGAGGGCCCGGCUGGAGGAGCGGGCGGCGGCCGAUCUGCGGGAGGCUCGGAGCAGGCUGCAGGAAGAGCAGAAGCAGCAGCAGGCAGCCGCUGAAGAGCUGAGGCUGCAGCAGAGCGAGGAGCAUGGGGAGAGGCUCAGGGCGGAGCUACACGCUCUGGAGGCGGACCUUCUUGGGAAGCAGAAGGCGGAGCUCGAUGCUCUGGAGGCGGACCUUCAUGGGAAGCAGAAGGCGGAGCUAGAUGCUCUGGAGGCGGAGCUUCAUGGGAAGCACAAGGCGGAGCUACAUGCUCUGGAGGCGGAGCUUCAUGGGAAGCACAAGGCGGAGCUGGAUGCACUGGAGGCGAUCCUUCGUGAGAAGCACAGGGCCCAGCUGGACGCACUAGAGGCGGAGCUUCGCGGAAAGCACAGGGCGGAGCUAGACGCUCUGGAGGCGGACCUCCGUGGGAAGCACAGGGCGGAGCUGGACGCUCUGGAAACGGGCCUGUGUGCGAAACACAAGGCGGAGCUGGAUUCGCUGGAGGCGGUCCUGCAGGAGACCAACCUGGCCCAGCUGGAAGCUCAGGAGGCGGAGCUUCAGGCCCGCCACAGGCAGGAGAGGGAGGAGCUGGAGGCCAGGAUGCUCUCCAACAUGGACACCCUGGAGACCACCUACCUGGCCGAGAUCCAGGCCACCCGGGAGGAGGCGCAGAGGGAGCUGCGGGAGCUGAGGGAGUCGUGCGACAGGGAGCGGGAGGAGGCGGAGGGAGGCCGCGCCGCGGAGCUGGAGAGGCUGGGGGCGGAGCACCGCGCUCAGCUGCUGUCCGUCACCGAGGAGCUGAGGAGGGAGCUGGCCCAGGUCCACAUGGACAAGUUCACAGCCAUGGCCGCCGAGCUCAGAGACGCCCAACAGGCGGAGCUGGCCCAGGCCCUGGCGUCUCAGCGCGAGGCUGUGGAGGCGGAGCACCGCGGGGCGCUGCAGACCCUCCGGCGGGAGCUGCUGGCUCUGGACCAGGCGCACGGCGCCGCCCUGCAGGAGCUGGGGGAGCUGCGCGCCGCCGAGGCGCGGCAGGGGCAGGAGCGGCAGGCCGCGCUCGGGGCUCUGCACCAGCAGCAGCUGCAGGAGCUGAGGGAGUCCUCUGCUCGGGAGCUGGAGGAGGAGGUAUCCCGGCAACGACUGCGCCUCCAGGAGGAGGCGGAGAAGGUGCUGCAGCAGCGGCUAGCCCAGCUGAAGGAGGAGCUUGCGGUGGAGAAAGCCGCCAUUCUGGAGGAGUGUGGGCAGAAAGCGCAGGUGUGCGGGGAGACUGUGGACCAGCUCACCAAGCAGCUCCAGGAGCGGCAUGCGGAGAGCUCACAGCUGCGCGCGGAGGUGUCCCGCCUGCAGGGGGCGCUGCAGGGGAAGAGCUCGGAGAUGGAGACCCUGGAGACGCUGCUGCAGCGCAGGGAGAGGGAGAGCCACGAGGGGGAGAACCUGCUCACCAUGCUGAGAGCUGACCUGAGCACAGCCGCGCAGGAGAGGAGGGGGCUGCAGAAGGUGCUGCUGGAGGUUCUGCGGAACACGAUCGCCACCGAGGACCUGAUCAGCAAGAAGAUCAGCGCCUGCGUGAACAGCAGGGCGAGCGCUCGCCGCGACGAGCCCCACCCUAACGCCACCCGCAAAGGGAGCGUGGACACCCCGGAGAAAGCAGAGGAGGGCGAGGAGGAAGACUCCGGCCCCGACAGCAGCCUGUGGUCGGCGCAGACGGACGAAGGCCUGGAGCUGUCCCAGAGGCUGUCGGAGAGCCUGUUCGCCGGGGCGGAGCUGGAGGCGGAGGGGGAGGAGUUUGUGCUGGGAGCCUGCGUCCGUCUGCGCGCCGCCGUGGACAAGCUGCUGGAGCUGGUCACCGAGUCCGCCCGACAGCUGGAGCAGACCCACGGGGCCCAGGCCCACCUGGAGGAGCGCUUCAGCCAGGGCCGGCAGGACGCCGCCCAGCUGGUGCUGCAGCACCGCCGCGUUCUGGAGCAGCUGGACCUGGAGGCGGGGCUUAAGAGCCAGCUAGAGCUGGAGCUGCACAAGGCUGAGGGUCUAAUGGAGGGCUACGUGGCGGAGAAAGCAGCCCUGGAGGAGGUGCUGCAGCAGAAGGAGACGCAGACGGAGCGGCUGGUGGAGGAGCUGGAGGGGCUGCGGGUGCAGCUGCAGGAGCUCAGCGAGGAGCACACCCUGCUGCUGCGUCAGAGGGACGCCAUCGCUGGGGGGCUCGGGGAGCCCGAGAAAGGCUGUUCUGAUGAUGCAGAUGACGCAGAGCUGCUGCGGGAGGCGGAGCGCCUGGCGCAGGAGAAGCUGGACGUGCAGCGGCAGGCGGAGAAGGACCGCGGAGGCCUCCUCUCCCGGCUCAAGCUGCUGGAGAGCGAGCUGGAGGAGCAGGAGAGCAGCCGGCAGGAGCAGGAGGAGAGGAGGAGGGCCCACACCGAGGACCUGCAGCAGCACAUCCAGGCCCUGGAGAGGCAGCUCAAGCACCACCGCCAGUUCAUGGACGAGCAGGCAGUGGAGAGGGAGCACGAGAGGGACGAGUUUCAGCAGGAGAUUAAGAAACUGGAGGCUCAGCUGAGGCACCCGAACAAGCCCAGCGCCGGAGGAGACUGCAGGGGGCAGAAGAUUGAGGACUUGGUUCUGCAGGUGGAGACGCUGCAGGCGGCCAUCAAGGAGAAGAUGGAGGACUACAACUCGCUGCUGCUGACCAAAGAGCAGUACCAGCGCGAUCUGGCGGAGCAGAACGAGGAGAUCGACAAAAUGGCCGGGCGGAUCCGCGAGCUGGAGCAGGCUCUGCUGAACACCUCCGAGUCCAGCCGAGCUCUGGGUCAGCUGGAGCAAGAACUGGAGAAGGCCAGGAAAACCGAGCAAGAGCUCCUGCAGGACAAAGAGGCGCUCCAGCAGCAGCAGUACUCCAGCCGGCUGCAGAUCUCCGCUCUGCAGUCCAAGCUGGACGAGGCGCGCCACCGCUUCCCAGAGAGCACGGCGGAGCAGGCCCUGAAGGAGCAGCUGGAGGCCGUGCAGCAGACCCUGCUCAACAAGGAGAAGGAAGCGGAGGUGCUGGCGGAGCAGCUGGAGCAGGUGCAGCGGGACCUGGCCGUCAAGGCCGAGGAGGUGCUGCAGCUCCACCUGCAGCUGACGGCCCUGACGGAGCAGAACUCCAUCUGCGUUUCCCAGCUGCAGAACGAGAUCAGCUCCCUCAAGGAGACCGUGAGUGAGCUGCAGAGGAGGGGUGGAGGCGAAGGGGACGACCCGGCCUCCGUGCUGCAGCUCCCCCUGGCCCUGCUGGAGGAGAAGAACCAGGAGAUCGAUCACCUGAACGAGCAGAUCCUCCACCUGCAGCAGGAAGUGGACGUCUCCAACGACGACAAGGCCGUGGAGGAGGUGCAGGCGGAGGCGGAGGAGCUGCGCUCCCAGGUGGAGCGCCUGCUCGGCGACCAGGCCCGCCUGCGGCAGGACAAGGAGGAGGAGGUGGAGCAGCUGCACGAGGUCAUCCACAAGCUGCAGGAGGAGCUGGCGCAGCUGGGGCCCAACCGGCACGAGGUGAGCGACUCCCAGGAGCACAGCCCCCAGCCCCACUCCUUCUGGCCCCCCCACGGCCAGGAGGAGAGCCUGUGCCAGGAGCUGAGCCUGCAGUCGUCCCGGGAGCGCCUGGACGAGCUGCGCGCCCAGCUGGACCUGGCCUCCGGCGAGAAGGAGGCCCUGGAGCGCCUCCUCCACACGCAGGAGACCACUUACCGCGGCCAGGUGGAGGCGCUGGGGCAGAGCCUGGCGGAGGAGAAGCGGCGGCUGCUCCGGCUGGAGGAGGAGGGCGGGGCCUUGAGGGCGGACCUGUCCCAGCGGGAGGCGGAGCUCGAGCGGCUGUCCUCUCGCGUGCGCGAGCUGGAGGACGAGGCCGGGAAGAGUGACGGGCGGCUGCGGGAGGCGGAGCUGCAGAGGGACAGAGCGCUCGCCGACCUGGGCAAGGAGGCGGAGCUAGAGGAGGAGCUGCUCGCUCUGAAGGAGGAGAAGGCCCAGGUAGAACAGCAGAUGGAGGAGCUGCUCACUGUGAAGGAGGAGAGGGCCCAGCUGGAACAGCAAAUGGAGGUUCUGCUCUCUGUGAAGGAGGAGAAGGCUCAGCUGGAACAGCAAAUGGAGGUGCUGCUCUCUGUGAAAGAGGAGAAGGCUCAAAUGGAACAGCGGAUGGAGGAGCUGCUCACUCUGAAGGAGGAGAAGACCCAACUGGAACAGCAGGUGGAGGAGCUUCAGCAGGUUAACGAGGAGAGAUCAGCAGCUGCAGAUGCUCAGAGAGCAGGCCUUGCCGAGCAGGAGGCUAAAAUUGAAAACCUGGAAACGGUGAAGCAGGAGCUGUUCCAGGAACGCCAGGCCCUGAGGCAGCGAGAAGGCCGACUUCAGGAGGAAAUAGAGAGGCUAAAACAGGAAGUCACAUCGAACAGCUAUCACAUCCAGGAACUGAACACCCAGCUGGAAGAGAAGGUGUCCAGGCAUGCGGAGGCCCAGAAAGAAGUACUGACGUGCGCAGAGGAGACGCUGGCCAAGGCAGAGGGAGCGCUGAGGGAGAAGGAGGAGCAGCUGAGCCAGCUGAGGGCGGAGCACGAGGCCCUGAGGGCGGAGCUGGCCGCCGUGAAGGAGGGGCUGAGCUCCAGCACAGAGAGGGCCGAGAAGCUUCUGGAGGAAGGCCAGACGAAGGACAAGGCUCUUGCCAACCUCGAGGUCCACAACCAGCGUCUGAAGACCGAGCUGCGGGGCCUGCAGGAGGACCUCACCCUGCAGGAGGAGGAGGUGGCCUACCAGCAGCGGGAGCUGGCGGACCUGCGGGAGCGCUACAGCCUCCGGGGCCCCGCCUCCAGCUCCGCCCACUCCCACUCCCACUGCCCCGCCCCCGCCGGCAGCGCCCUGCGCGGCAGGCCGGAGGACGGCUUCCUGUCGCUGCUGUCCCACGAGCGCUCCCCGCCCUCGCCCGAGAUCCUGCGCAAGCUGGACUGCAGCGAGGAGCCGGCGGCGGUAUUCCACGCCUCGCGCCUCUCCGAGCUGAGCGGCCUGCACAACUCCAGCCUGGACCUGCACAUCAAGGGCUCCCCCGUGGGCAGGGCCAGCUCCCAGCCCCCCGAGCUGCUGUCCCCCGAACUGGAGCCUCCCUCGAGCUGCUCUCCGGACUCCAUCGCGGCCUCUGGCAGUCUCUCGGCCCUGGACUCGCUGGAUGCUCAGAAGGUGAAUGAUUUUGAGCAGCUUGGUUUGACCCCAUCUACCUCCCCUGGAUGUUCCACCUCCACCCUCUCUGCUCAGGAGUGGGUCAGUGACGGCUACGGCAGCAAUGUUAGUUCAGAGCUGGGCACUAGGCUGAAUGUAGAACUGGCAGCAACUGAACGUCUGGAUGCCAACUUUUUGGAGUACCUACGGAACCGUGACAUGGACCUGACAAACAACACGGACAGCGCCGCUGACAGCGAGGGGCCGAGUCUCGAGCUCCUCUCACCUGAGCUACAGGUGCUGCUUAAGAGGGUGUACCAGGAGGGGUGCAGGGUCCUGGCCCUCUCUCACCGCCCUGCCCCCGACGCCCCGCCCCAGACCUGGCAGACAGAGAAGCGAGCCUUGCAGGAAACGGUCCUCUCCCUCAGGGAGCUGCUCUGCAAGAUGGCCGACAAGCAUCUCAAGGUGGACGGCGGGGACGCCGACUGGCGCAGGGAGCUGCUGCGGGCGGUGCGCGGCGUGUUUGACAGCGAGAGGCUCUCCCUGCGCUCCGAGCUCCAGGCCCUGCUGACGGCCCAAGGGCUCCUCGACCCCGCCCCACUCAUGAGCCAGCUGGAGCAGCUCCUCAAACAGCAGGAGGAGCAGCAGUGCCGCUCCCUGGAGCAGCUGCUCUGUGCCGAUCGGCGCAGCCUGCUGGCCGAGGUGCAGAACCUGCAGAGCCAGCUGCGCAUCUCCAGCCUGCAGAGCCAGGAGCAGCUGCAGCAGCUGCACGGGUCCCUGAGCGCUGCGCAGGAGGAGGGCUGCCAGCAGCAGCACCAGCUGCGCAGACAAGUGGAGCUGCUGGAGUACCGGCUGCAGCAGGAGCAGACCUGCGCGGAGGACCUGCGCGGCUCUCUGAGCGCGGAGCAGGCGCGGGGGGUGGAGCAGCGCGCCCUCCUGAGGGCGGAGCGGGACGCCGGCGAGCAGCUGAAGCGCCGGCUGGAGGAGAGCGGCGAGCGGACCAGCGCCGGGGGCCACGCCCAGCAGGAGCUGCAGCAGGAGGCCCGCAAGCUCAGGAUGAGGGUGGAGAGCGAGCAGGUGGAGAGGCAGGCGCGAGAGGAGGCCUUGCAGCGGGAGCAGCUCCAGGUGCAGCAGCUGCAGGAGGAGCUGCAGCAGGAGCGGCUGCGCAGCCAGCGCACGCAGGACCAGGAGGACCAGGCGCAUGAGGCGCUGAGGUCCUCUCUGGAGGACUGCAGGGCUCAGAUCGCAGAGCUGAGAGGGGCCCUGGAGCAGGAGCGCGUGCUGAGCAGCAACCUGCGCAUGGAGCUGCAGAUCGAGCAGUCCCGCUGCGAGGCGCUCAUCGCCCAGGAGAGGAGCCGCGCCGGCCACGCCCUGGAGCAGCUGGAGGAGCAGCGCGCUCGCUGCGCCCAGCUCACCGACGCCCUCACCCAGGGGAAGCAGGACCACAGCCGGAAACUGGAGGAGGAAGUCGCCCGGGAGAAACAGAACUACGCCCGAAAACUGGAGGAGGAAGUCACCCACGUGAAACAGAGCUACACCCGAAAACUGGAGGAGGAAGUCUCCAGUGCAAAACUGGACUACACCCGUAAACUGGAGGAGGAAGUCACCCACGUGAAACUGGACUACGCCCGGAAACUGGAGGAGGAAGUCACCCAGCAGAAAAGGGACUACACCUGUAAACUGGAGGAGGUCGUCACCCACGUGAAACUGGACUACACUCGUAACCUUGACGACGAGGCCCAGCAGCAGAGGAGGCUGAUUGCGGAGCUGCAGGCCCAGCUGGAGCAGGAGCGCAGGCUGCGGGAGGAGCAGACCGCCGCGCUGCAGCGCCUCCAGGAGCAGGCCGCCCAGACCAAGCGGUGGCUGGAGGAGGAGGCGCAGCAGGAGGCGGGCUCACGCCUCCACGCCGCCAUGGAGGGGCUCCAGUCCCAGAGGCAGGAGGUGGCCCGGAGCCUGGAGGCGGAGAGGCAGAGGGCCGCCCUCCUGCAGGCGGAGCUGGACGCCCUGAGGGAGAAGAUGAGCUCCCUGAAGGAGAAGGAGCGGCUCCGCGAGGAGCAGAGGGACCGGCAGAGGAGGCUGGAGCGGCAGGAGCUGGCCGACAAAGAGCGGCAGCACGAGAGGACCAGCGAGAGACUGCAGGAGCUGCAGCAGCAGAGGGCGCAGGACCAGCAGCGCGUGCGGCAGCUGCAGCAGACGCUGGCCGACCUGGAGGAGAAGGAGCGUCAGCUGACCUCGCAGCGCCGCCACCCGGACUCGGCGCAGCCCAACCUGCCGCAGCUGCGCCUGGCCCAGCAGCAGCUGCAGCUCGCCGCCGUCAAGCUGCGCAGCUUCCUGCACGGACCGCCCGUCAGGAGGGAGGGAGAGCUGGCCCAGGCAGAAGAGAGUGAGCUGCGUCACUUGCUCCGCACCCUGACCGAACUGGACCAGGACCUCAAAAACCUGUGCUCUCAGAACCCCUCUCAGAUGUCCUCCUCCAGCCUGGUGGAACGCGUGCUCAAGGAGAACUCUGAUCUGACCAAUCAGCUGGCUACGCUGAGUGAAGACAAAGUGACCCUGAAGCACACAGUGUCCUGCCUGGAGAGGGAACUGCAGGGCCAGAGACGAACCCGUGCCGCCAGGGAGCAGUUGAAGUCUCCAGAGCCGGUGGAUGCGGCUGUGCUCUCAGAGAAGCUGGCCUGGCAGAAGGAGCGCGUUUCCCUGCAGACGGCUCUGCGCAAAGCGGAGGCUGAGCUCCUGCGGGUCACCGCCGAGAUCGAGAACCGCCCCGUUACCGACGGCAGCAGCAGCAAGAUGGCCCGUCUGUAUGGGAAGUACCUGCGUGCGGAGAGCUUCCGGAAGGCCCUGGUGUACCAGAAGAAGUACCUGCUGCUGCUGCUGGGAGGGUUCCAGGACUGCGAGCAGGUCACCCUGUCACUCAUCGCCCGCAUGGGGGCGUACCCCUCCUCCGCGGACCUCCAGGCCGCCGCCCCCCGGUCACGCCCCAUUAACCGAUUCAGGACCUCCGUCCGCGUGGUCAUCGCCAUUUCUCGGCUGCGUUUCCUGGUCAGGAAGUGGCAGAAGGCCAUCAGGAAAGGCCCGGGGGCGCCGGCCGUGACCAACGGACACGGACACAGCGGCGGCUCCGGCCCCAGAGCCGAGGUGCUGAGGCAGCAGCACCCGGGCAGCAUCCUCAACUCCCCGCCCACCCGCGACCCCGCCCUCUCCCGCAGGGGCGUGCCGUCGCCGCUGGCCCCGCCCGUCAAGUCGCCCUUCAGGCUGCACAACAGGCUGUACCCCAGCCCUGCCCUGAUGCCUGCAGAGGGCUCCCUCACCCAGGCCCAGGACCCCGAGCGCUCCCUGACCGAGUACAUCCAGCACCUGGAGGCCAUCCAGCAGCGGCUCGGCGGGAUGCAGCAGGGCUCUGCGGCAAUCUCGUUCUCCAGAAAAUCGGACCGAUGAAGGAAUGUCUCUAUUUUUUAAAAUAACUUUGUCUUCGUACGUCACUCUGUACAAAGAGCGCUGUUAAGAACAGCACUGAUCUUUUUUUUAAAUAAUAUAAAUUAUUUUUUACGCCGUGUAAUCUUUGCCGUUUUCUAUUCCUUGUAGUACUCACUGAUGGUGUCACCUUAAUGUGUUUGGAAGAAAGUGAAACUUUUUAUAGGUUUUUAUAUAUACGUUUCUCUGUACGUUCUGUGGAUCACAGCUGUUAAAAUCGUUAUGACAUGUUUUACAGGGAAUGCACUGCAAGGCCAAGAUGAAAAGUAGUCACUGUUAAAACGCACAAUGGUGAACAGUUGUUUCUUUUAUGUAUUUUUUUUUAAUGUCAACAUUUAUACAAAAUGAAUAAAUAUUUUAAUAAUGCCGCCUGA